UAUGGCUUUUAAUUUUUGGAUACACGGAACGUAAUUGUUAAUAAUUGGCCACAGCUGUUCUGUUGUUCAAGGUUUUGGAGUCAGUUCAUUGAACACACCUUUAUCGUUCGCUUACCAACACUAACACAAUCUGUCAAAAUCAUUUGUUUGCGUGUGCUUAUUUUCGCCGCAAUCGGCAUUUCUAACAUUGUACAUUCUGAAUAUUAGAUUAAGUACUUAAUUGUUAACGUAAGAAAAAAGACAGGAUGCUGCACACACUGCUCUUCGUUGCUUUAGCGCUGAUUAGUUAUUUACCCAACCACAAUGCUGCACAGACCAACUAUGUGACAUGUGGCUCCAUACUGAAAUUGCUCAACUCGGAUUAUUCGUAUCGCUUACACUCGCACGAUGUUAAAUACGGUUCUGGAUCGGGACAGCAAUCGGUGACCGGUGUAGAACAAAAGGAGGAUGUGAACAGCCAUUGGAUGAUCAAGGCACAAACUAAGAAACUAUGCGAUCGUGGUGAACCCAUUGCUUGUGGAACGACAAUUCGAUUGGAACACUUGACCACAAAGAAGAAUCUGCAUUCGCAUCAUUUUUCAUCCCCACUAUCCGGCGAACAAGAGGUAUCCGCCUAUGGUGUCGACGGAGUUGGUGAUACUGGCGAUAACUGGGAAGUGAUUUGCUCCAAUAACAUCUGGAUGCGUGAUGCUCAUAUUAGAUUGCAACACGUUGAUACUGGCAUGUAUCUGGGCAUGUCGGGACGGUCGUAUGGUCGGCCAAUUUCUGGGCAAAUGGAAAUAGUGGGUCUGCACAGUCCACAACACGGUACACGUUGGACUACCUCUGAGGGCCUCUAUAUCGUGCCCAAGGACAAGGAGUCCACAGAAUAUGCUCACACGGAACUGUAGUCAGAGAUCCAUGACAAACUUUUUACUAUUAGUUGUUUAACUUAUAACUUAGCUGAAUUUAUGUGAAGCGAACCAGUUUGCUUGCAUUAAAAAGAACAAUUCAAUUUGUGCAAAAAA